UGAUUGACAGUGGUCUGUCGCAAUGAGGGUGCCUCUUUGUCCAGUCAACGUAUAUAACACAUUUCUGCCAUAGCUUCUUUCUUUGAGAUAAUGUCGGCUGAAUAUGACAACAGAGACAACAAUGGCCCAGAAGGCAUGGAGCCAGAUGGAAUCAUCGAGAGUAACUGGAACCAGAUCGUGGACAGCUUUGAUGACAUGAACCUGCGCGAAGCUCUGCUCAGGGGAAUUUAUGCCUAUGGUUUCGAGAAGCCAUCUGCAAUCCAGCAAAGGGCCAUCAUCCCUUGUAUCAAGGGUUACGACGUGAUCGCUCAGGCCCAGUCUGGCACUGGGAAGACCGCCACUUUUGCCAUUUCCAUCCUGCAGCAGAUUGAUGUGGAGAUGAAGGCUACUCAGGCUCUGGUGUUGGCUCCUACCAGGGAACUGGCACAGCAGAUCCAAAAGGUGGUGCUGGCCCUUGGUGACUACAUGGGGGCCAACUGCUACGCCUGCAUUGGAGGCACCAACAUCCGCAACGAGGUGCAGAAGCUGCAGGCCGAGGCCCCCCACAUCGUGGUGGGAACCCCAGGACGCGUCUUUGACAUGCUGAGUCGCAAAAACAUCUCUCCCAAAUGCAUCAAGAUGUUUGUGCUGGAUGAGGCCGACGAGAUGCUGAGUCGAGGGUUCAAAGACCAGAUCUAUGAGAUCUUCCAGAAGCUGGCGAGCAGCACUCAGGUGGUCCUGCUCUCAGCCACCAUGCCCGCUGACGUGCUGGAGGUCACAAAGAAGUUCAUGAGGGAGCCCAUCCGCAUCCUCGUGAAGAAGGAGGAGCUGACCCUUGAGGGUAUCCGGCAGUUCUACAUUAACGUGGAGAAGGAGGAGUGGAAGCUGGACACGUUGUGUGACUUGUAUGAAACCCUGACCAUCACACAAGCCGUCAUAUUCAUCAACACGAGGAGGAAAGUGGACUGGCUCACGGAGAAGAUGCACGCCAGAGACUUCACCGUGUCCGCUCUGCAUGGUGACAUGGACCAAAAGGAGAGGGACCUGAUCAUGAGGGAAUUCCGUUCUGGUUCCAGUCGAGUCCUGAUCACCACUGACCUGCUGGCCCGAGGCAUUGAUGUGCAGCAGGUGUCCCUGGUCAUCAACUACGACCUGCCCACCAAUAGAGAGAACUACAUCCACAGGAUUGGUCGAGGCGGGCGUUUCGGUAGGAAGGGAGUCGCCAUAAACAUGGUGACCGAAGACGACAAGCGAACCCUGAGGGACAUCGAGACGUUCUACAACACCACCGUGGAGGAGAUGCCCAUGAACGUGGCCGAUCUGAUUUAGAAACCGCUGAGCUCCUCUUCUCUGGCUCACCCUGUUUAUUUUAAAAAAGUAAAAUCUUGUUUCUAAAUGAUCCGAUUUCGAAAGACUUGUUUUUUGUUUUUAUUCAAUCUCCACUUCAUCCUCCUUAUCCAAACGCCUGAACUAGUUUCGGCCUCCUGGGGGGCCGACUACAGCUGCUUCACCUGCAAACCUCGGUGUCCGCCCACACCGGAGGUCUGACGCGGAGCAGGAGCGUCUGUCCACAGCUCCUUUCAACCUUCUCGCCUGUUGGAACGGCUCUUUGGGUCUUUGAAAGGGAGGCGGCGCCGAGACGAGCCGUAAAGGUGUUGGCGCUGGAGGGGGGAGUGGCUUAAGGGUGUGACUCCAGUUCAGCAGUUUGAACCAUUGAACCAAUUGGAGUAAUCAUGAACUGGUGGGGGGGGCGUUUAGCCCGUAAUGCACUCGUUCUUGAAUCCUUUUUUUAUUAUUAUAAAUAAACAUAAAUACGAGGUGGUCACUUUUAGGGGGAGGGGGGGGUAUUGUUGUGAAAGGACCAAACUACCAAUGGGGCUGGAAGGUCAGAAGGGUCUGGAGGUCAGACCUCAAAGUCUGUGGGGCCACAAGUCACGCUGAGCUCUCCUGGGGUGUUUGGGAUCGGAAUGAAGUUCUUUGUUCGUUUUUUUUUUUUUUUCCCCCCGAAUGACUUAAUGGAUUGUUAGCCUUUCUCAGACAUGUAUCAAGUUUUUUUUUUCUUUUUUUCUACAUUGGAUUCUGUGAAGUAUUUAUUUUAACAAUCUGCUUAAAAAUAAACGUUUCUCUUUUUGAACAGUAAAAA